AUGAUGAGUUUGGUUGAGGCGGCGUAUGCAAGGUGGUUAUCAGCGACCCCAAUAGAGCGACUAGCUAUCCAACCAGAGGGAACCUCAGCUCUAUGUGAAGGACAAUGGCUACGCAUGAAUGCCCGGGCGUCUUCUAUGUUACUCAAUGUGAUGACAGACGAGCUCAAGGCUGACAUGCUGAGUCAGAGGGCAUCGCAAGACACUGCCAAGAUUGUUUUUCGCCUGUAUACAUGGUACCAACCAGGGGGCUCAGCAGAACGACAAGAGGUGUUGAGACGACUCCAAGCACCAUCUGAGUUCCUCAAGGGCGAAGCAAUAGCAGAUGUUCUCAAAGUGUUGAGAUCCUGGCCUAGAUGGCUUAACAGAUGCUACAGCAUGGGAAUGACCGCACCAGACCCAACAGUGAUGGCGAGAGGGCUGAUGACCUUAACGUCUAAGACUAUAUCCCUUUCACCCGAUGCCACGUUCCGCACUGCAAUGCUCAGGACUUCUCUUCGUCUCGACGGACAACCUUCCAUGCAGCAAGUGGGCGCUUACCAGAGGCACCUACAAGCAGAGCUUGAAGGGCUAGCUGCAGGGAUGACUACUAUGACUACGGCGCCUCGUAUUCAGGCAGUGGAUGCAGGGUCACCAAAGGCUGAGAGGGAUACUACAAAGCCAGCUACGGACGUCUGCAGAUAUUUCCUGAAGCCCAGUGGUUGCAGACGUGGAGAGAAGUGUAAGUAUGCUCACUCGAUGCAGUCUUUAGACCGCGAGGCGCGAGCAAAGAAAUGCCUGAAGUGCGGAAGCGAAGCUCAUAGACAACGUGAAUGUCCAGUGGCAAAGGGGGGGCAGCGGCCAGCAGGAUCUACGCCUACAUCGGGUCAGCAAAGAGAGCAGAGGGGUGCGAAGCCACCGCUACGUGACCCCGAGGUGGCGUCAUUGACUACUACGGCAACGGCAGGAUCGACUACUGGGAGUUUGCCGUCUACAGCCUCCACUGCGCAGGGCGUCCCUUGGACAUUGGAGGCGCUGGUGCAAGCGGCCCAUCAGGUUGUCCAGGGACAAUCUCAGGCGGCGGGACAGGGCGAUUCAUCUCCGGAAAAGACCAAGCCGGAGAUGCGGAUGUUGAUUAUCAAGGACAUUCGUGUGAGUGCGGCCAAUACGGCAGCGGCGCUGCUGGACUCGGGCGCAACCCACUGUCUGAGGAGUGCUAAGGAUGAGGCAGAGUGGGCCUCAUCAGCGGAGGUGUUGGUGCAACUUGCAGGGUCGAGUAAGCUGAUGAUGCGGAUCAACGACGCGGGCUCCCUACUUAUGCCACCGACGGAAGGAGUUAAGGCUGCGGGGAGUGGGGGACAAACGAUCGUGCCCUUAGGCGAGCUGGUGUCUACACUGGGAUAUUCCUUGGAAUGGACCCCCACUCACUGUCUUCUGAAGGAUUCUGUUGGGACGGUUACAAGAUUGAAAGUCCAAGGGGGUUGUCCGCAGAUGUGUGAAUUGGAGGCUUUGUCGAUGAUCUCCAGAAUAGAGGACAGACGCCGAGAGAACCUCGAGAAUGUGACCCAAAACACCGAGGAUGCCCUGGCCAUGGCGGCGCUGCAGCUGGACAAGUCUUGGAAGGAUCACCUGCAGGACUUCGUUGCUGGGGGUGAUAUGCAUGCAGGACUAAGGGCACUUCGGGAUGCACCAUAUCUACAAGGGCUUCCAGGAGAAUGUCUUAAUGGACUUCUUGAGCCAGGCCUGAAGGAAGCGGGUUGGAGCGCUCUAAAGUCAGUGGAUUUCUUGUCACGUCCUCAGCGGCGACGUCUUUGGUCAGCGAAGCGGUGGAUAGUUCAUAUGUUCGCCGGAAAUCCGGGCCAUUACCAGAUGUUCCAGGUGGAUGAAGGGGACACGGUGAUGAUCGAGCUGGACGUGGAUCGCUGCAAGGGCCAGGACGUUAUGAGGAGCUCAACGUGGAGGUUCUUGUUGUGGGGCGCGAUGAUGGGAAAGUUGGAUGGAAUCGUUGGAGGGCCACCAGGGAGAGGAGGAGUACUACAACAUGGUGAAGCUCCCAAGGGUUCAGAUGUCAAGGUGAUGAGUGUUUUGGCGAGGAUGCUAUGGCUAUAUUCGGUUGCAGAGGCGUCGAGAGCGCUAAGAUCGGCAGGGCCCAACCAUCAGAGGCCGGUGGCAUUCGCGCUGGAACACCCAGCAGCUACGACUGUGACUUCCUGUACGGCUCGCUACACUACAGAUGCAACCACAAGGGCGGCGAGAUCGCUAUGGACAACAACUAUGUGGGAAGCGUUUCAAGAAGCCUAUCAAAUGAGCCAAGUGACGUUCGAUCAGCAAUGCAUGGGAUUGCUGAACUCCAUACCUACAACAAUUGGCACCAAUAUCUACUACUUGAUGGGCUUGGAUGGAAUGCAGCCAGAAGGUGGAGGAAAAGCCGUGAAGGGAUUGGGUUCAGGAGUUUGGGCGCCGGGACUAGUGGAUGCAAUGGUGACAGCCUUGAGGUUCUGGACAAGAGCGCCUAAGGAAUCUCCGAGACUAUUGGCGUUUUCCCCUGAGCAAUGGAAGGCGCAUAUACGGUCGAAUCAUGCAGAAUACCGAAGAGACUGUCUGACGUGCGUUAUGUCCCGAGGCACAGGCAAGCGUCAUGGUCGAGUUCGGCAUCCUGAGCAAUUCAGCUUGACCAUCGAUCUAGCUGGACCAGUGAAGCCAGCGCUAGACGCCACCUCAAAGGGCACUCUGGGCAAACACCUCAAGUACCUCAUGGUGGCGCGCUACACAAUGCCAAAGGAAUAUGUCAAGGCCUACACCUCGCGGGAACCACCAGAAGACCAUGGACUAAAAGAACCGAUGGACGCAAAGGCCAAGGGGAAGUUGGUGGAUCCUGGGCCUCCAAAAGAAGAGCUGGUAGUCGCCGAGCCACCUAAGCCGAGGAGGAGGAUUCCCGAAAAACGACCUCUACAUGAAGUGGAAAUGAGGAAACUACAGUUAAGUCACAAAGAGCUCAGUGAAUAUGCCAAGGACAGGUCUAAGGCUUUGCUGGACAACUGGUCCUAUGAAGAGGCCGAGCGUUUGGUGAAGGAGCUGGCGCUCUCGGACUUCUUUGAUGACGUGAAGUUCGGGGUUUAUCGGCAUGGUGGUGUUGUUGGACCGCUAAGUGGUCAGACCGACUACCCAGAGGUGACUCAGGUUCUCAGCAAAAUGAUUCAGGAAGUGACUCCGGAAGCUACGUACACGGCUAUGUGGGUCACAAAGACGUCAAAGCUGGGAAUUCAUAAGGAUGUGAACAAUGAUGAGGCUACCGAGAACUUCGUCCUACCCAUUGCGAUUCCCAGCCAAGGAGGUGGACUAUGGGUUGAGCUGGCAAGGGGUGAUAAAGUGCAAGGGGAGCUAUGUGAGCGAGAAGAUGAAAGGGGGAGGCGACGCUAUGGUCAACUUCUACCACUACCACCUCGCGAACACGUACGACUCAAUCCACGACGAGCCCAUGAAGUUCAGCCAUGGAAAGGGGAAAGAGUAGUACUCAUUGCAUAUACCCCGCAGUGUAUGGGAAAGUUGUCAGCCAACAUGAUCAUGGACUUGGAGUCGCAUGGUUUUCAGCCGCCUUUGACCCAGAUGCCAGAGUACUUUAUGAGUGGAGACGAUGUGAGGGCAAAGUUGGUUUCGAUCGCUCCACACCAGCGGGAUGAAGGCGAGAGAGACUGGAAGGAGCCGCGCGACUUCGAGGAGGACCCAUGGGAAAUGUUCAUCGAGGUGGACAAUGAGUUAGUCAAGGUGGGCACUUCAGAAGUGGAUGGGCCGGAAGGAGGCCCGACGGUGGCUAAGGUGGAGGUCAGCUACACGUACAAUAUAGAGGAGAUCUUGCAGGAGCUCAAGGCCCCACUGGAGGUGACUCAUACAGUCUCCCCUAAGGAGGCUUUUGCCUGCAUUGAAAAAUGGCGAGAUGCGAUAACCAAGGAGAUGAGCAGCGUCGAGGUCGCCAUACAGAGAUUGCGUGUGGGGACGGAGGAGCGGAGAAGCUGGCUACGCGAUCCCCGCGCUCAGCGUCUACCAAUGAAGUUGGUUUUUACUGUCAAGCCAAACCCGAAGGCCGAUGUCAACAAGCCGGAAACGUUUUACCGCCGAAAGGCUCGACUGGUGAUUUGCGGGAACUUCGCGGAGGCAGAAGCACAAUCCCUAUACACUGAAUCUGCUCCUUCAGAGGCGGUACGAGCGAGCCUGGUGGUGGCCACAAGAAAUGCGUGGUGGGUUGGUGUUCUGGAUAUUGUGACAGCUUUUAUCAGGACCCCACUGGGAGAGAGCUCAGACGACCCGGUGAUCGUCGCUACGCCGCCCCGUAUAUUACAAGAGCUAGGGCUUAUCACCAGCCAAGAAUUGUGGGCGCUGGUGCGAGCACUAUAUGGCCUACGGCAAUCACCGAUGCUUUGGGCCCGAUAUCGGGACAGGAGAAUGCAGAGUAUGGUGGCGCCACACAAUCUGGUCAUGUCACGAGGGCGGACUAUCACUUCGUGGUGGUCGAUCAAGGAUCAGUCAGGCAGUUUGGUCGCGAUCAUCUUAAUAUACGUUGAUGACUACCUGAUUCUUGGACCUAAAGAAGUUCUUCAAGAUCUGGCGGCCAUGGUCCAGGAGGAGUGGGAGACCUCAGAUCUAUCUAUACUCACGGAGGAUAAUGAGGUGAAGUUCCUUGGCAUGGAGUUGUCCUUAAAGAACGGGGAGAUCCGAUUGGGACAGCGAGGCUAUGUGGAGGAGCUAAUGAGGGCGUAUGACAUGAAAGAUACCGAUGUCUCAAAGAUCCCGCUCAACAAGGACGAGGCAGUCUAUGAGGUGCUGUCCACAGACGCAGCGCCAACCCCAGAGAUGACGCAUAAGGCUCAGCAGAUGACAGGUGAAUUGCUAUGGCUGUCGCAGCGGUCAAGACCGGACCUGAGCUACGCAUGCUGUAUUUUGUCGUCACUAACAACCAGAGCGCCGUCUCGGGUGAUUUCUAUGGCCUACAAGAUCCUCAAGUACGUCAACAAGACCCGUGACUACCUCCUUAGAGUGGCUUGGAAGGGCUGUCAGCUCGCAUUAUACCCGGAUGCGGCAUUCGCACCGGCCUCUAGCCGGAGCCAGUCGGGUUGGGUUAUCUACUAUGGAGGUACCCCGAUACUGUGGAGAAGUAGCAGGCAGCCAACCACGGCACUGUCAACGGCAGAAGCAGAACUAACUGCUAUCCUAGAAGGAAGUGUGGCAUUAUUGGGGGUCGAGGCGAUGUUAUUGGAUAUAGCAGAGUCAGUGGAUGACAAGGUGGUGGGCUCAGACUCUAUGAGUGCUUUGUGUAUUUCCUCUGGAACGGGAAGCUGGAGGAUUACGACAACCUGCGGACCUACUAACAAAGGCAAUAAGGCAAUGGUGGCGAUGUUGUGCUGCAUGUUGAUGAUCACAUCAGCGAGUGCGACGGCUGAGACGCAGCCUAUUCACACUAUCAGUGUGGAUUGGGAUACUGCAGCGAUCGUGAUGGGCCUGCUGAUGAUUGCUGGAGUAGUGGCAACAUAUGAGUUUCUGAAGUGGCUGGGUUCAGCAGUCAUCUUCGAGUACUCACCAGGAGCCCCCAUCACGAUCUACAACAACGUCGACCUCUAUAAGCCGGAGAAGAUCAACAAGGCCAGCGAGAACACCGUCCCCGCCAGCCGCAAGGUUAUCUACACAACUGGGGAGCAAUGGAAUCUUCUGUUGCGCGAGCGUCAUCUUAUGCGCAGCAGAGCCCGAGAGCACAGCAGUUACAAGUUCAAGAGCAUGAAGGCGAAGCUAUAA